CAUGCCAAAACAACAAGAAGCUAGCCUUAAUCAGACUUCUCAUCCUUAUGGUACAGUGCCACUCUGUUAUGGAAACUUUGACAAGCAAUCUACGGCACCUAAACAACCGCUAGUGACGAUUCCUUCUCCUAUGGUUAUGCCCUUUUUUGUAGCACAAAAUCCUCAACCAUCUUCUACUACUCCAAACAUUUCAGUCCUCAAGGUGGCAGAUUCUCGAGAGCCGCUCACCCUUUCACUGGAAACGACUUAUGCUACCCCACGCUAA